AUUUGCUCAUGAAUCCUGCCUCUCCCACCAGAAAAUCUGCAAAUACAGACCAUUCGACUCUCGGACCAUCAAAAAUCAACCCAAAAUCCUCACCGCCCCCUCUUCAACAACCAAUGAAGCAACCUCCGAUUCCGUACAACCCGCAACGAAUCAGUCAGGCGCGAGAUGUGCUCAUCCCCCUCACACAGGCAGAUAUAUGGACAUUUUCAAACCCAAGUAACUCACUUCGAAGAGCCCUGGCUUCUCGCAGCAGCGCUCAGAACGAGCAAGAUGAUGGCUCAUAUUCCCCCUCACAACCUCAAGCGGCUAGCUCAAGGCUAUAUCCCCCACCACGGACCCACUCCCAGAACCAGAUGGAUCUGGACCAUACUCGAAAAAGGAAAAGAGAUGAGGAGGAACAUCCAGUUCAUCGGUCUCCUAGAAGACCACGAGAUACGGACAAUAUGAUGGUUGCACACCAUUACAACGCCCGGCCGGAAGUCGGCCGGCAUGCGCGACGGGAGUCACCCAUUUUCGGCCUGAAAGCCUUCAAUAAUUGGGUUAAAUCCGUCCUUUUCCAAAAGAUGACUCCCGAGCCGCUCUCAAGAUCACCUUGGCGAGCAAAAUCGAUGCGUUCUGGCGGAGACCUCCAAAAGUGGCAAAAGGCUCGCAUCAAAGAAUAUGUCGCAUUGGAUGUCGCCUCUGUAUCAGUGAAUCAAGCUAGGGAACGAUGGCGAGAUCUGAAGGGUGACUCGUUUGAAGCUACAUUUGCUCAGUUAGACUGCUAUACUGACCCUUGUUUGACGUCGUCACCAUGCAGUUCUGUAUGCACUAUGCAUUCGAGACGGAGGACAAAGUUCGCACUAUGCUUGACAACGUCUCAAGGUAUCUACGAGUUGGCGGAAGAUUCGUGGGAACUAUCCCUAAUUGCGACUUCUAGUCUAUCCGAGGCACGGGAAACUGAUCCCGAUACAUUAACAUUUGGAAAUACCGUUUACAGCAUUCGUUUCGAUGAUGUUCAAGGCCCGUUAUAUGGACAUCGCUAUAUGUUCUACCUACGAGAUGCGGUAGAGGAUGUCCCAGAAUAUGUAGUGUACUGGAACGAAUUUGAAAGUCUCACAAAGGAGUAUGGCCUUAGCCUUGUAUACAAGAAGGAAUUCCACGAAAUAUUUCAAGAAGAACAGGAAGACCCCGAAUUCUCAACUCUCCUGAAGAAAAUGAAAGUAGUAGACGACAAAAAUGAGAGUGCUAUGGACGAGGAUCAGUGGGAUGCAGCCA